AAGCUGUUUUCAUGCGAUAUACGAAGAAUUCCACCGAGUUGGAGUAUCAGAUAUUGCACGAUAAAACUAGUGAUACAGACCAUUCUAAUAAAAAUAAUAAUCCAAACCAUUCUAAUAAAAAACCUAGUAAUAAACCUAAAUUGCAAAAAAAACUCUAUAAAAAGGCACCAAAUGGAAAAUGGGAAUGUGGGCAGUUAGUUAAGACUCAGGGUUCAACUGGCAACUUUCAAAUAUAUUUAAAUAUACAUGGAAUUACUAAACCUACCAAAGUCAUUGAUACAAUCGAACAGCCAACAAUUACUGAAAUGUUUCAUCGUGCUGCUAGACAAAAUACUUGUCAAAAAGAAUCCAUCAAUUAUGCUUUGAUAGAAUGGAUAGUUACAGAUUUGCAACCUCUUUAUGUUUUGAAAAAUGAAAGUUUUAUUAAACUUAUUCAUAUUUUAAAUCCAUAUUACAAACUUCCAUCUAAUAAAUAUAUAAAGGCGCUAAUUCAUCAAAGUUAUAAUUAUUUAAUAAAAAAUCUUAAAAUGCUUCUAGCAACAGAAAUAAAAACAUGCGGAUUAACAUACGACUUAUGGACUGCACAUUCUAAAAGCAGAUAUAUAGGUAUUACAUGUCAUUUUAUUAACUCUAAUUAUGAAUUAAAAGAAGCUAUACUUGCAAUUAAAUAUGCUCCAUAUUCUCAUGAUGCU